AUGAAGGGUAUAACCGAGAUCGACGAACAGGCCGCGCUGCUUCUCGUCCGCGCCUACAAGGCGGCCCACAUUGCGGAAGGACCGCGAAUACGAUCAGAGGUUUGGCAAGAGAUUGCACAUCAGCUUAACAAACAGAACACUCGCAAUCUGACAGUGGCACAGUGGAAGAAGAGGAUCUCCAAUAUCAAAAGUCUGGUCAAAUUGAAGCAUGACAUGGAAAGGUGAGUCUACUUUUAGUUUUUUAAAUUACUUGAACUUUUAACGUAUAAUUUUUUUUUUUUUUGUUUUGGAGCGUGGUUUAAUUUUCCGAGGUAUUGACGGAAUACUCUAAUUUAUUUAUCUCAAAAACGGAUGACUUUUUCGGCAGGCGAUAACUUUAGGUUCUUACGUAGUAGAAAGAUGAGACUGUUACGGAUAAAUCUCGAGUACUGUAUAGGAAGAUAUUAUAUGUUUGCAAAAAAGCCCUAAAGGCUUGAAAUACCGUGAGGGAAAAACAUCCAAACAAGGUUACAAAAAAGUCGAUUUAUAUUCUAUUAUGCUGAGAUAGCAUUAAAGUUAUUAUGACUUCUUCUCUUGAGCAUAAUAUUUCUCACGUCGGAAAUGCCCGUGCUCAUUUUCAGCAUCAAAAAAGAAGCCACGCUUGAUAAAUAUUGUGUCCAAUAUUUUUUGGACUGGUCGAGUGUGCUCUUUUUAUAAUUAGAAUUUUUAAUUGUCCGCUGGCGCGUUGUAGCGGACAACGCUAUAAACAUAUUGCAAAAGCUUAAUAGCCUCCGCUGGGCAACAACAUUUUGUGAAGGUAACCAUUUACUAAGGGCGAAGAAAUAAGACAGCACCGUUUGUUCUGAAGCAAGACGCUAAAACGCUUUCCUACCUUUUUUGAAAAAAAUAUAGAUAAAUAGAAACGGUGAUACCGAAAUGACACAAAACGCGAAAAAGCAAAUUUAGCAUAUUUUUAAAAAUCCUAAAACCGGUACCAAUUUGGCAUCCCAAUCUUUUUAUAUUUACGUUUGGUUAAAAAUCUUGAGAAAAUUUUUCAGUUCCAAGGCCCGACGACCCGCCAGUAUUUUCCCCACAGACUGAUAGUUGCAAAGAACGGGGUUUCGCUGUUUUUUUGGCAGAAUUUUUUGGAGUCCUUCGAUUGCGACCCUAGUUUAUCGGGCCAUAUUUAAAUAUUUCAAUGAGUUUUUGCCUUACGGAGUCUCUUUACCCCAUUCUUUGUCGCAAUCGAUGGAAUUCAAAAUUUUUUAGUCGAUGAUGACAUAGGCCGAAUAACCCCAGAACUAGAAAAUAAAAAAUUUUUUAUGCUACGGAAACCUCUCUCUCAAAUCGUAAUAGUUAAAUCUCUGCCGUUCUUCAAAUUCCAAAAAAAAUCGGAAAAUACCUGCAUUUUUUGAAUACGAUUACUUUGUUACCGUAACCCUUCAAGCCCAACCAUCCCCCGGCGAGCUAUUAUCAGCUUGUUGAAUACUAUUUAAGUUCACAAAAUGCAUGGUAAUUUACUUAAAAAUUAUUAAAAGUCAGCUUCGGCUACCGUAUUACAUUUAAUUAAUAUUUCAUUGAUGGAAGCAUUUGAUGGCCUUUCCAUAAACACUUGAACUGACGACCUUUCGACGUUAUUUUUCAUUUCUUAUAUUUUAGAAGAGGUAGAGCAGUGAAUUGGACUCCAAUUGAACAAGAAUAUGUUCGACUAUUCCCUCAGAUGGAUGACCUCGGCUUCGAUUCAUCCAUAAACUCAAUGAAUCGAUCCCCUGAUCUGGAGUUGGAUUUUGAUGAGCCGGCCACAAUGGUAAAGACCGAAGCUGAUUGGGUGGAACAAACUGUAAUGGGAGGCUCCCAUUCCUCAGCCUCCGAACCCCACGCCUCUCUUGAUGGAGCCACAAGUCCAUCAUUAGAAGCCGAACCAAGUGGAACAGAACGAAGUGCGAGUGUUCCCUUGCCCCCUAUUCUUGACAUGCGUAAUAUCCUUGCCCAAAUGAGUGAUACCCAAAGGAAACAACACAUGUUGGCCUGUCUACGGAGCUUUCGACAACAGAUCGACCUGUUCACCGACUUCCUGGAGCAUGAUCUGGCCUUGGCCGGAAUAUCUGUUUGA